UUCUCCUCGUUUUUUUCCCCCUUUUCCCCCCCCAUUUUUCUCCUCCUUCCCCCCCCCCCGUUCCCCCGCGCCCUCCCCUCAUCCCCAUGGAAUCCCAGUGCGACUACUCCAUGUACUUCCCGGCCGUGCCUUUCCCUCCGCGGGAAUUCCUGGCGGGAAUCCCGGCCGGUUACCGCUCCCUGCCCCGCCGCAACCACCUCUACCUGGGCGAGACCGUGCGCUUCCUGCUGGUGCUGCGCUGCCGCCCCGGCAACCACCCCAAUCCCGCCGGGAAUCCUCCCAAUCCCGCCGGGAACAGCCCCAAUCCCGCCGGGAAUCCUCCCCCUCCCGCCGGGAAUCCUCCCCAUCCCGCCGGGAUCGCCGCGGGAAGAACCCCUUGGAGCGAGCUGGCCUCCUCGCUGGCCGCGCUGGCCACGGUCACCUGCGGCGACGGCAAAGGCGGCGGCACCGAGGAGGAGGAGGAGGAGGAGGAAGAGGAGGAGGAAGAGGAGGACGAGGAGGACGCCGAGGACGAGGAAGGGCGCCGGAAAAGCGGGAAUGGCCGCGGGGAGCCGCCGCUUUUCCGGGAAUGCCGCGCGCUGCUGACGCACUCCAGGGGCCCGCCGGGGUGUCCCGGGGCUGGGGUGCCCGUGGAGGAUCCCAUCGUCUCCACGGACGAGGUCAUCUUCCCGCUGACCGUGGCGCUGGACAGGCUCCCGCCCGGCACCGGCAAGGCCAAGAUCGUGGUGACCGUGUGGCAGCGGGACACGGAGCCGCCGGAGCUGCGCGACACCGGGUACCUGAGGCUGCUGCAGGGCCGCGCCCCCGGGCAGGUGUUCCGGCAGCAGCGCGGAGCCUUCAAGGCACAGGUGUCCACGCUGCUGACGGUGCUGCCACCCCCCCGUGUCCGGUGCCGCCAGGUGACCGUGUCCGGCAAGUACCUGACCGUGCUCAAAGUGCUCAAUGGCAGCUCGCAGGAGGAGCUCUCCGUGUGGGACGUGCAGAUCCUGCCCAAUUUCAACGCCAGCUACCUGCCCGUGAUGCCCGACGGCUCCGUGCUGCUCGUGGACGACGUCUGCCACCACUCCGGGGAGGUGCCGGUCGGCGCCUUCUGCCGCGUGCCCGGCGUGGCCUCGGCGUGGCCGUGUCCCCUGAGCGCCCUGGAGGAGCAGAACUUCCUGUUCCAGCUGCAGGCGCCCGAGCGGCCACCGAGGGACACCAAAGAGGGCCUGGAGGUGCCGCUGGUGGCCGUGGUCCGGUGGUCGACGCCGAAGCUGCCGUUCACCAACAGCAUCGUCACCCACUACCGGCUGCCGAGCAUCCGGCUGGAGCGGCCGCGCUUCGUGAUGACGGCCACCUGCGAGUCGCCCGUGGUGGCCCUGCAGCGCUUCGACGUCACCUACACGCUGCUCAACGAGCUGCAGGACUUCCUGGCCGUGCGGCUCGUCUGGACGCCCGAGGCCACCGCCGGUACUGGGGCGUGCCCCCCCGGGCAGGGCGGGCCGCGGGGCUCGCUGGACUCGGUCGUUUGCCACACGCCGCUGACCAACCUGGGCUACUCCCGCAAGGGCAGCGCCCGCACCUUCCGCGUGGCCUUCCAGGCGCUGCGCGCCGGCCUCUUCGAGUUGUCCCAGCACAUGAAGCUGAAGCUCCAGUUCACGGCCAGUGUCACCAGCCCCCCCGAGGCCCGCCCAGUAUCCCGCAAGAGCAGUCGUUCCCCGGCCGUGCGCGAACUGGUGGCCGGACUGGGACGCUCCCAGUCCUUCUCCCACCAGCAGCCGACCCGCAGCCACCUCAUGAGGUCGGGCAGUGUCAUGGAGCGCAGGGCCAUCACGCCGCCCGUGGGCUCGCCGGUGGGACGUCCCCUGUACCUGCCGCCGGGUGACAAAGCCGUGCUGGCGCUGGACAAGAUCGCCAAGAGGGAGUGCAAGGUGCUGGUGGUGCCACCGGUCAAGUGACACCGCGGGGACAGCGCCGGCAUGGCACCGGGAUGGCACCGGGAUGGCACCGUGGGACAGCGGGGACGGCUCGGGGACACCGCGGGGACGGCGCCAGGACAUCGUGGGGACAUCGUGGGACAUGGCCAGGGUGGCAGGGACGGCGCUGGGACAGCAGGGACGUGAUGGGGACAUCGCGGGGGACCAUCGUGGGGACAGGGCCACCCCCAGGGCCACCCCCAGAGCCUUGGGGACACUGGGGACACUGGGACAGGGCCACCCCCGGUGUCCCCAGAGCCACCCUGGUGUCCCCAGAGCCACCCCCAGAGCCCUGGGGACACUGGGACAGGGCCACCCUGAUGUCCCCAGAGCCACCCGCGGGACACUGGGGACACUGGGGACACUGGGACAGGGCCACCCUGAUGUCCCCAAAGCCACCCCGGUGUCCCCCAGAGCCACCCCCAGAGCCUUGGGGACAUUGGGGGACAAUGGGGACACUGGGACAGGGCCACCUCGGUGUCCCCAAAGCCAGGUGACAAUUGGGGGGGGGGGGGGGGGUCCUGCCACUCCCACGUGCCACAGAGGGGACCUUGGGGACACUUUGGGGACACGGCCUGGAGCCGUGCCCGCCUUGGGGGUCGGGAUUUUGGGGACAUUUGGGGACAUUUGGGGACAUCAGGAAAUGUCCCCGAGCCAAGGCGGGGGGGGGAGGGGCCUGCGGUGCCACCCCCGGGUUGGGGACAUUGGGGACAUUGGGGACAGGGGUGGCACCUGCGUCCCCUUUAUUUAUUGCCAAUAAAGAGACUUGGAUGUCA